UAAAAGGAAAUUGCUUGUUUCAGGAAACAGAGUGAGACGUCUUUUGCGAAUUAAAUCGCAGAAUCAUGUCAGAGGGUCAAAAUAAAAAUCCGCCCGUGGACGUGGACAAGACUUAUCUCAAAUCCAAGAGGGGGAUCCUUAAAGUAGCAGAGAUGGUGACCCUGUUCGUAGCGUUCGUGUGUUUCUCCGUCGCAUCCAGGCCACUGUACAUUGCAGCCGCGGUGUUGGAGUUUCUGAUCACUUCGUUGCUGGUGUUGCUGUACGUGCUCAGACUCAACAAGAGGCUGACUUUCUUCAUCUGGCCUCUCGUUGAUGCUUUCAAUUCAGUGUUCGCGGCAGCCUACUUCAUUGUCCUGAGCCUGAUGGCUUUGAGCUCAUACGCUGACCCAGGCACGGUGGUUGGAGGGGUUGUUGGCUUGAUGUCAGCUGGGCUGCUGUGUGUGAGCAGCUACACCCUUUUCAAGAACAUCACAUUCAACAACCCAAGGAGCGAAUGCCAGAAUCAAGACAACUAAUUAAUCAACAUUAAAUGAAUACAGUGUGCUUUUACAUGUGAGCAUAAAAAUCCAAGCUGAUCACUGUCCCAUGAGCUCUGGAAACAGUUUAUUAUCGUACAAUGUGUCUCGAAACUUUUCCACCAAACUACAUGCAAGUUUUCAGCAUAUUUAAGAUUUAAAGUGAAGCUGCUGCAUUGUUUUUCAUGUUUCAAAGUUGCCAUAAAUCUCAUGAAAAGUA